AUGUCCUAAAGUGUGACUGGAAAGUACUACACAUCAGCGUAAAAAGUUUAAUACCGUUUCUACUGAAGCUGUUAAAAUGGGUCUUCAAGGUUCGCAUCACUAAAGAUUCUGCAAGUAAAACAAGUAAAAAUUAAUAAAUGGAGGAAGAAAUAUGUAGUGAAUUAGCGAAAACAAGUCAGGAUUCAGAAAUCAGAGACCUAAACAAAUCCAGCUUAGAAAAUACUGGAAGAGAAAGUUCUUUAUGCCGAUGGAGCAGCUUCACAGAGACCAGCAUACAGUUUGCAGAAUCAGAUUCUUCGGGAAAUACAUCUACUGUUGGUUCUAGUUCAGUCCAAGGAUCAGAGGAAAGUAGAGGCAAAGCUUCAAGUUUAUCAUCGUCCAGAUCAAGUAUAAAUGGCGCUGAUGCUAAGAUUAGAGCUGAGAAAUACGAAGAUGAACACCAUGAAGGGUACUCUCAAGACGAGUUUGAGCUAUUGGAGGAAAGUGAUAAAACUGAAGACAGUGGUGGAGAAUUAAAAGAAGAAUUUCUAGAUAAAAAGCUUCAGAUUCUACGCAGUAAAAAAAUAUCUGCUUCAACAAAUGUGAAAAAAUCUCAGCUUAUUUUGGUGGAACCAGAGGUCCAAAUGGUGUAUUACCAAAACAAGAUUCAUCUCUUGAACAAAAAACAAAUAAAUGGAAAAGCCCAACACAAGCAAGAAAUAGGUGAUAAACAUCCAAAGAACAUCAAAGAUGAACCACAUCAAUUGGAAAAUGCAAGAAAUGUUGAAAGACUUAAAGUAAAUAAUAUUUUACUCAAGAUGAAAAAGGAGAAUGCUGUUCCAGUUCAUCRACCACAAAAGUGCAAAAAGUGCAGAAAACUCCAAGGAAAACUAGCAGAGGAAAGUUAUAUCACAAAGAAGACGGAAAACUUGAAAAAGCAAGAGAUAGAAAAAAACAUAGAGAAGCAUUUAUAUGAAAAGGAUUCUGCAACUUUGAUUGCCGAGAUAAUCAAAUCAGGCCCAAAACCAAGUGAUCCACCUCAAGAAAUAUGGGACAAGCUACUAAGAAAAGGAGAAUACAGUUGACUUUGACCUAGCUAGCUAGUUACUGCAGCUUCUCACUUAUAAAAAUUAAAAACAAACCCUUGCUGACAGCAUAAAGUUCCCUUUCUCUCAUGAACUAGACUAGCAGUCACAGGGGGAAAGAAUCAAAGAUAUAAUCAGGGCUAACCCUUUUUACCUAGCUAGGUACUGCAACUGUUGCUUGAAGAAGUGAAAAAGAAACUCUAACUUGCAGCAAAAAAUGCUUUCCCCUUCUCUUCCAUGUUGUAAGAAGAAGGAAUUGAAAAGACCAUAAUCAGACCACAGACCUGAUCAAGACAAAAGUCAUGACAGGGAAAUCAGGCAAUAAACACUUGUCAAUAGCACAGCGGUCGUGACGUCAUAAAAACGAAGACAAAGGCGAAAUUCGGACAAACAAACUUACAAGUUUACUUUCAGCAGAUAAUUUUCACAGCCGAUCACAGUUGAUCUUAGUUUACAUGGGUUUUUAUUUUAACUUUAAGUAAAAAUAAUAAAAUCGGUUCGUACAAUCCUCGUAGCGGUUAAACAGAAUGCAAUGUUUGUCUGAAUCUUUAAGCUAUUUUUAGAAUCAGCGUGCUGUGCUAUUAGAGUAUGUAAAGUUACAGAACAAUUUAUUUGAUUGAUGGCAGUGUAUUGUCCAAUUUCCCUGUCACAGCUGUUGUCUCAAUCCAUGCUGAGAAACGAACAAGUGUUUAAGCUCUCUAGCCUGUGUAGUGGCCCUCUUUUUCUUCACAUAAAAAAAUAAGAGGGUGGCUACACUGGCUGAAAGCUCUCUUUCUUGGUCGAUUCCGCAAAUGAUCACACUAGCGACCCUUUCAUUUGUUUAGGAUGAUAGAUUCUAAAGAGACUUGAUAACAACCAGCUAUCUGACAAAGACUAAACUAUUAUUAUAGCAAAACCAAAUAUUCAAUGUGGUCACUACCAAAAAACUACAGUACAUUGGCAUGUCUUUAUUAACACAUUUAUGAACAAAUACUAUUAACAAAUUCUACCAUGAUUUAAAUAUGAGAGGGUUGUAAAAGGCGAGAUAUAAAAUGGUCAAAUCAUUGAAAAGUGACCAUUUUGCAUUUCAAUAAAAAUAAACACAGUCGAGUUUAUGAAAUGAUAGAUAUGGCCAUUUCAUGUUUCAUGAAAAACAGUCAAAUCACAUUUUGCAAAAUAACCAUUUACCACCCUGUACAUAUUUAUAAGACAUUCAAUUGAUAAGGCUCAGCCACAUUCUAUAACAUUAUUUUAUAAAACUCACUUUUACAUUAUUACAGUGAAAAUCGUUGCAUCGCAACCCUGUUUCAAAACCCUGAUUGGAUUUUUAGUCUAUUUGUCAAUCAUCUUGGGAUUUUUGCUGUAAUAAUAAUCACUGACAGCUCACAUAAAAAUAAUUAUAUUUUCUGACUUCCCCCUAAUAAAUUUAUUCUUUGUGAUUGUAUGCGUGGGAAACAUGGUUGAUUCAUUCCAAACAGAAAUCAAUUCAUAAUAGCUUGUCUGGUAUUAUUCAAUCACAUGCUUGAAUCUUAGUAAUUAUUUAGAUAGGCACUUGAAUGACUUUCCUUCUGGACCAACGAGAAUGAAAAAUGUUACACAGCCAAUUAUAAUGAACGGUCCUCAAUGAUAUUAUUAUAAUAUUAUUAAAGGACAAAUACCAUGUUUUCCACUCAUGAAAACAGAAAUUUUGAAAAUAAUUUCCUAUUUUAAAGUUCUCAUUUUUUUAUCAGUUAGCAACAAAUAAUGCAAUCCAAGUUUAUUUUAAAGCAAAGAAGAUGGCUGAAAGUCUUGCAGUAACCUCCUACGAAGAUGUUCUUAGUGUUGCGUGACAGGCACUAACAACGUCUGCAUAGGAGGCUAGUUUUACAGUUGUUGUCUUCACUUUCUUAGUCCAAACAAGUGCCACAGAAAGGAGGAAGAUCCCCCAACAUAAAGUAAACUAUCUUGAAUUCUACUCAUUUUAACAUUCACACUUUCCCCAAAAAUUUCCCCUCUACUACACUGCUUCAUACAGACACCGGAUUUGAAAAAUUCUGCGUGAGAAUAUUUUACAUUAAACUAAAUUUUGAGCCUUCAA